ACUGGUGUCAUUAACACAACGGUAGUCAACAUGAUUCGGUCACUGUUUUUCUUAAUUUGUGUAUCAAGACUGUCAGCUUCAACAAUAACCACGCCAAAAUGCAAAUUGAAUGACAACGCAUGUGUGAAUGAACUAGCUAACACAAUAUUUCAAAAAGCUAUAGCAGGUGAUGCGGAAUUGGGAAUGGAAAAACUGUCACCAUUGCAUCAAGAAAAAAUAGAAGGAGAUCUAUCAGUCAUCAAGUAUACCCUGCAAAAUACUUCGUGCUAUGGAUUCGAAAAAUGCAAAGUUAAAAACCUCGAAUACACCCCAGGCUCAUUGAAGAUCUUGGCACUCUUGCAAUGUCCAGAACUCGUGUUGAAAGGUCAUUAUGAAAUAGAUGGCCAGCUGAUCGUGUUGCCCAUACAGGGCAAAGGGCUUUAUGAACUUACAUCCAGCAACUACGAUAUUGCACUUGACUGCGACACAAAGAAAACAACUGGAAAUGACGGCAAAACAUACGCAACUAUAAGACAAUACAGCAUAGCACCAGUUCUGCGCGGGAGCAUGGAUUUCAUGUUGGAAAACUUGUUCAACGGACGGGAAGAUCUUGCCGCACCAGUUCGUAAGUUCAUGAAGGAAAAUUAUAAAGAAGUUGCUGAAUUAUUGCAAGGACCCGUAUUCAGCGUAAACAUAAAGAAAAUUGUGAAGAAUUUGAACAAAGUGUUGAAAACAUCUCCGAUUGAAGACAUGAUAGAUUCCUAAAACUAUGUUAAGGCCAGAUUUUCCAAUAAAAUAAUGGUUAUUCAUGGGAUAUAAUAAAACACAAACAAUUUGAAAACUACAACUGUAUGAAUUAAAUGAAAUAAUCGUCUGACAACUAUAUUUAGUUUAAUUUAUUUGAUUAGUAACUUUUAUCUGACGAUUUUAAAAUCGUCUUGGUAUAAAGUACAAAUAUUGUUUGAAUGGUUUAAAUAAAGACCUGAUGUUUAUUAAA